CUUCUUUGUUACCUCCGAGCUGCUGCUUUCGGCGAGUCUGGCCCCAAAAGGGACUCUCAGCUUUCUCUCACGGAGCGGCGCUUCCCACUUCAUGUUUGGCUUCACGGUUUUCCGUAGAAAAAGCUGAAGGUAUUCCAGGGCUGAAAUCAGCAGUAUUUGAUGACUUUAGCAAAGAGGAAGAAUGGAAGAUAAUGCUUUUAGAUGAUUACACUACUAAAUUACUGUCACUGUGCUGCAAAAUGACUGAUCUACUGGCAGAGGGUGUCACAGUGGUGGAGAACGUGUAUAAAAUGCGUGAGCCUGUGCCACACAUGAAGGCAAUAUAUUUAAUAACUCCCACUAAAAAGUCUGUAGAUGGACUGAUUGAUGAUUUCAUCACUAAAUCAUCUAGCAGAUACAAAGCAGCUUACGUGUAUUUCACUGACUUUUGUCCUGACAGCCUCUUCAAUAAAAUUAAGGCUUCAUGUGCAAAAUCAAUCAAGAAAUGCAAGGAGAUCAACAUUUCCUUCUUCCCUUAUGAGUCUCAGGUAUUUACUCUCAACAUCCCAGAUGCAUUCUACCGCUGCUACAGUCCCACUCUGGAAAGGACAAAGGAUAAAGAUGCUGUACUGCAAGUCAUGGCUGAACAAAUUGUUACCUUAUGUGCCACACUAGAUGAGAAUCCAGGAGUACGAUAUAAAAGUGGACCAUCUGACAGAGCCAGCAAACUUGCACAGCUUGUUGAAAAAGCUCUUGAAAACUACUACAAAACAGAUGAGAAAAGCCAAAUAAAGGCUAAAACCCACUCCCAACUAAUAAUAAUUGAUCGUGGCUUUGACCCAGUAUCAACUGUGCUCCAUGAGCUCACCUUCCAGGCAAUGGCAUAUGAUCUGCUACCCAUUGAAAAUGAUACUUACAAAUACAAAACAGAAGGCUCUGGUGGGAAGGAAAAGGAGGCAAUUUUGGAGGAAGAUGAUGACCUGUGGGUGAAGAUGCGGCACAAGCAUAUUGCAGAUGUGAUAGAGGAAUUACCAAAACUUUUGAAAGAUGCUUCAUCAAAAACAAAAGCAGCAGAAGGAAAACUAUCCAUAUCUGCUCUGUCCCAGUUGAUGAAGAAGAUGCCACUCUAUCGUAAAGAGAUUAGUAAGCAAGUUGUUCAUCUUAACAUAGCAGAAGAUUGCAUGAGCAAGUUCAAAUCCAACAUAGAAAGGCUCUGUAAAACUGAACAGGACUUGGCUCUUGGAACUGAUGCAGAAGGUCAAAAAGUAAAAGACUCUAUGAGGGUCCUUCUUCCAGUUCUGCUGAACAAAAGUCAUGACAGCUAUGACAAAAUCAGAGCUAUUCUCCUGUAUAUCUUUAGCACAAAUGGAACUACCCAGGAGAACUUGGACAAGCUGAUCCAGAAUGUACAAAUAGAAAGUGAUAGUGAUAUGAUAAGAAAUUGGAAAUACCUUGAUGUUCCUGUUAUCUCUUCAUUUGUUGCUCAGCAGCAUAAAUAUGCAAGAAGGGACCGUUCUAAGGAAGAAACCUUUCAGCUUUCUAGGUGGACUCCUGUUAUCAAAGAUGUCAUGGAGGAUGCUAUAGAAAACAAAUUAGAUUCAAAAGACUGGCCUUAUUGUUCCCGGUGUCCUCCCACCUGGAAUGGUGCAGGAGCAGUAAGUGCACGGCAGAAGCCCAGGGCGAGCUGCAGAGAGGAGCGGAGGAGCAGUGCCAGGCUGAUCGUGUUUGUGAUCGGGGGAGUCACCUACUCGGAGAUGCGCAGCGCCUACGAGGUUUCCGAGGCCUACAAGUCCUGUGAGGUUGUUAUUGGUUCUACUCAUAUUUUGACACCUAGAAGACUGCUAGAGGAAGUGAAGAGCCUUAGUAAACCCAAGGAUAUGGUCUGCAUUAAGGAUGAAUAGAUACGGUGAUGUUUAUGAUGCAUUAAAACCACACACAAUCUGUACAUAUUCUAAUGGAACUGACUUUUUCAAAUACUGCACUUCAAUACUACAUGGUUCCUAAUGGGAGGUCAUGUUAUAAUUUAAAUUUGCUGCUUUUGGGGGAGUAAAAGGCAGAGAGAUGAAAAGAUAAACACAUGUGUUUCUUAUGUUUUGUUUAGUAUUACACUGCAAGUGCUUUUUCAAAAGGGCAUGUUUGUUCCUAACUAAUUAUGCUAAAAAUUAUUGUAAUGAUAUAUAAACUGGAAUUGUCUUUGAGAACUGUGAAAGCUUUCUAUAACAUAAUUUCUUUCUAAAAAUGACUGACUUAAAAAGGGCUUAGGCACUUGGGUAAGGGCUUCAAGAGAAAACUUGUAAAUAUGGGUUUAGGGUAAAAAUGUUUCAUGUAAGUUCAGUGUCUUAAAGUGUAAUGUUUUCUGUAAAAAUAACUCACUGAAAAUUCUUCAAGUAUGUGUAAUUGUGAAAAAUCUAAAGGCUUUUUAGAUGGUUCUGGGUAAGGUAGAUAGUUAAUCACUGAAUUAUUGAGCUGUUCCAAUCACAAAUAACUUUGGAGAAAUGCUGUCAACUGUGCACUGAAGUACACUUUAUAUUUAAGUAUAUGAGAGAUUAUUACUGAAGAUUUUUUUAAAAAGAUAAUUUCUUAGCAAAUUUCUUAUGAUUGUCUACGUAGUCUGUCUGUUUCAGAAUUGAAUUGCCUGUGAUACAGAAAUUCCAAAACUAAGCAUGUCUCUGAGGAAGUAGAGGCAAGGGGAAAGGAGAGGAUGAAAAGGGAAGCAGCUCAGUCUUUCAAAGGGCUUGGUAAUUUGGAAAAGAAAAGCACAAAGCAAACAAAAUGACAAAACCUGAUGUACUAAAGAUAAUUUACUUUUUAAAAGUUUUGUAACAUACUAAGAAAUACUUAAAUUUGCAUUGAAGGGAAUAAAAAAUCAUAUUGUAUGGAUUCUGUAGUACUGAUACUGUUUACAUUUCUCUUCAAAAAUUACUUAAUUAAAAUUACUGAACUUUUAAAGGGAUGUCAUAUUUAUGUGCCUUGAAAUGUUAUUUUGUUUUAUGUAGAAUACAAGAGAAAUGUUAUAACAAAAAAGAAUAGAUUAUUCAUGGCCUUGUGUUGACACUUUUUCAAUUAUGAGUAUUUAUUUUUUGUUCUGUGAUUUUGGUUUUUUUCCCUUUAUUUUUGCCCUCAGGUUAACCGGUACUUUAAGAGAACAUUUUUUUAGAUGAGUUCAUUCAGAGUUAAUUAGAAGGUGGAAAAAGGUCAAGUUCUCCCCCUACAUCAGAGAGGAAUGAAAGGGGAGAACAUGACAUAAUGAUUCUAAAAUGUUGCAGAACAUGAGGCAUGAUCAGAAUAAGUGGCUGUAGCUUUCAAAUGCACCAAAAUGAGUUUGGAAUUUAAUCUACACUGACUUUUUUUUCAGUAGGACUACAGAACAACACUCUUAAAUCAAUUCAUUCUUCAAAUACCAUGUACAUCACAGCCUUGAAAAAUGCAGCAGAAAUAUCUGUGUUGUUUUUGUGAAUUCUUGUUUAUAACUCUAACACAGUAGAAAUUCAGAGUAAAAGUAUUUAUCUAAGAAAUGCUAUAUUUAGUGUUUACUAAAGAUGCACACUUUGAAAUUGGUGCUGAAAAAUUAUACUAAAAUGAUACAUGCUUCUUA